GGUAUCAGUUUGUGGUCUCGUCCUCAUUCGGCGCUAACAUGAAGCUGACUUUAGCCAGUAUCCUUGUGUGCAUUGUGCUUCUUGGCUUUGCCAAUGAGGCCUCCGCCGCCCCGAAUCUCAUCUCCGUCCUGGAUCCAUGUGCUCCUGUACCGCCCUGCAGCCCCACUAAGGCAACUCCUAAGCCACCAAUUAAAAGGACAACCACUAAAAAGCCAGCCACGAAAAAGACAACCACUAAAAAGCCAGCCACGAAAAAGACAACCACUAAAAAGGCACCCACUAAAAAGACAACCACUAAAAAGCCAGCCACGAAAAAGACAACCACUAAAAAGGCACCCACUAAAAAGACAACCACUAAAAAGCCAGCCACGAAAAAGACAACCACUAAAAAGCCACCCAUUAAAAAUACAACGAAAAAACCAACUCAACCACCCACUAAGCCACCAACCAAGCCAACAACUAAGCGACCAACUCAACCACCAACUAGGCCACCAACUCAACCACCAACCAAACCACCAACUAAGCCACCCACUAAACCAACAACCAAACCAACAACUAAACCGACAACCAAACCAACAACCAAACCACCAACCAAACCACCAACCAAACCACCAACUAAACCUCCAUGUGGUUGCAAGCCUUGUGGUCCUGGAGGCAAACCAUGUCCUGGCUGCGGUGACAAGGAAUCUGUUUGCAAGGACCUCCUCCGUCAAAUCCGCGAACUGAAGGACAAGAUUGGCAAGUGUGUUUGUGGCUAGGAUUUGAAGAUCAAAGGACUCUGCCAAGAUAGUAGUUUGGGGACAUUGGGAACUGUGUUGAUUGUUAUUUUUUGUUAAAAUUAUAUUUCUAUUAAAAUGUUAAAUAUAUUUUUGACCUUAAAAUUA